AUGACAGAAGUGCUGUAUUCCGAGGGCAACGCCAUAUACACACAACCACGGCAACCUACUCUGCCAGCUGGUGCAGACCUAGAGAUUCGUGGGCUAGCCGGGGCUAGAGGAAGCGCGGUCGCACCAGAGGGAGACCAAGUUGCCGAGGAACUCGCUCGCCUGCUGCUCGAGUUUCUCGAGGAGUUUCGCCUGCCAGAUGCGUCUGGUUCCUGGGGCAGCUCGCCCGCGCAACUUCCUCCAGUUAGGACUGAAUCUCCAAACAGAGGACGCGUUGUGUACGUGGAAGCGCUGGAGAGACUGCGACAAACCGAGGAAACUACUUUUGUGAUCGACUAUCGACAUCUUCUAAGCUACAACGCUGAGCUUGCGGACGCACUCGUCGACUCCUUCUAUCGCUUUGAGCCAUACGUUCGGCGAGCGCUUUUCGAGUUCGUUCGUAAGUAUGCACCGGGCCUCGAAGUCGACCAGGCUGGUCGACCACGCAUGUUCUGGGUGUCCGUGUGCGGUUUACCACAUGUGCGCCGCCUGCGCGAGCUACGCUCCGACCGCAUCGGGUCACUGGUGGCGUUCUCAGCCACCGUGACACGCACCAGUGAGAUUCGGCCGGAGCUGCUCGUCGGGACAUUCCAGUGUGGCGAAUGUGGCCAUGUUGUUGUGGGUAUUGAACAACAGAAUCGGUACGCGGAACCCCCAGUCUGCCCGUCGGCGGAUUGUGGCAAUCGAACGAAUUGGAAGCUCAUCGUAGAGCGUAGCAAGUUUGUCGACUGGCAGCGUAUUCGCGUCCAAGAGCAUUCGACAGAAAUUCCGCCGGGCGCCAUGCCGCGAACCUUGGAUGUCAUUGUUCGCCACGAGAACGUUGAACGAGCCAAGGCUGGCGACCGCUGCAUCUUUACCGGAACCUUAGUGGUCGUACCCGAGGCAACAAUGCUAGCGGUACCGGGGGAACGCGUUGAGGCCUCGUUGACACGAACCUCGGCUGCGAGGUCCCGGCCAGACGGGGCUCCCUACGGAGCUCGCCAAUUCGGCCAGAGGGAGUUGAAUUACCGGCUUUGCUUUGUUGCCUGCCACGUGCUUCCGCAGAACGAUCUUUUUUCGUCUCGCAACCAAUCGGAAUGGGAGGCAUUACUAGAACGCGACCCUUUUGGUGUCGGCGGCGUCGAGGCCGACUCGGCCACGCUGCUCGAGCGCAUGACGCCGGAAGAGCGGAACGAAAUGAUGCGCAUGAAGCACCAACCACGGCUGUAUCAACGACUUGCCAAUUCGAUUGCACCUACUGUCUUUGGCCAUGAUGAUGUGAAACGGGCGGUUCUGCUCAUGCUCUUUGGUGGAGUUCACAAAAAAACAAACGAGCAAAUUCGUCUUCGUGGCGAUAUCAAUGUCUGCAUUGUUGGUGAUCCCUCAACCGCAAAGUCGCAGUUCCUCAAAUUUGUCUGCAAUCUCAUGCCACGAGCGCUGUAUACCUCUGGCAGAGCCUCGUCUGCAGCGGGUCUUACCGCCUCCGUUGUGAAGGAUCCCGAAACGAAUGAAUUCUGUAUCGAGGCAGGGGCGCUCAUGCUUGCCGACAAUGGAAUCUGCUGCAUCGAUGAGUUCGACAAGAUGGAUCUCCGCGACCAGGUUGCCAUUCAUGAAGCCAUGGAGCAGCAGACCAUAUCCAUCGCCAAGGCCGGCAUCCAGGCGACUUUGAACGCUCGUGCGGCAGUACUCGCCGCCGCAAACCCGGUUGGAGGACGGUACGAUCGGACAAGGCCGUUGCGCAGCAAUAUCCAGAUGUCGCCCGCUAUCAUGUCUCGUUUCGACUUAUUUUUUGUGAUUUUGGACGAAUGUGACGAAGCCAGUGAUUACAACGUAACGCGCUACAUCGUGGGUCUCCAUCAACACCAGCAGCAUGCGAUUCGGCCUGAAUUCACCCCGGAGCAGCUUCAAAGAUAUAUUCGGUUCGCUCGCACCGUGCACCCGCAGAUUCCCGAAGAGUCCCGCGCUCUGCUCGUAGAGAGUUACAAACAGCUCCGAGCAAACGACGUGUUCGGUGGCGGCGCCGGUGGUGCGUAUCGGAUCACGGUGCGCCAGUUGGAGUCGUUGAUUCGUCUGUCCGAAGCGCUGGCCCGCAUGCAUUUGGAUCCCAUUGUUCGGCCCAAGUACGUGCGAGAGGCAACCCGCUUGCUACGCAAGUCCAUCAUCCACAUCGAGACGGAGGACGUGGUCCUGGACGAUCCCGUUGCUGAGACGAUGACCGAAGCGCCGGCAUCGCCGGAGCGCCUGCCCAGCACAAGUGCAUCGCACGGGGCGCCGACCACACCAGCGGCGAGCUCCGCGCUCCGUCUCCCGUUCCAGAUGUACCGCUUGCUUGCGAACAGGGUAGUUCUCUUUCUACGCAGUCGUGAGGCAGCGGAGCAAAUCGGUGUCCCCGAAAACGAAAUCAUCCAACACAUGCUCCGAUUUCGCGACGAAACCGAUGAAAUCCAAUCCGAGGACGAGCUCCGCCUGGAAGCGCAACGGAUGCGUGCGGUGCUGCAUCACAUGCUCAACCGCGAUCACAUUCUCAUCCAGAUUCAAGACCAGGGGUCAGUCGCGCUCAGCCAGGAGUCGCAAGCAUCAUCAGGAAUGAAUCGACUCUUGACGGUGCACCCGAACUACGUUCUCGAUGACUGA